AUGAUUUAAUAUCCUGAUCUUGAUAAGCGUGCUAGCAAUUAUAAGUAAGAAUGUAAACUACCAAGUUAUCCUCCCCCUGAUGAAAAUGUUUAAGCAAUAUAGAUUGGAUAACCAAUACAAGCUAAUUAUUUAUAGAAUAAUUAAGUAAAUUGGGCUCAAUAAAGCAAUAUUCCAUAAUAUGUUCCUGCAAUUCCAAACACUUAGUAUCCAAGUUCAUUGUAAUAAAAGAACUUUGGAGAACUUGAUAAAGAGAAUCUUCCUCCUUAUUCUUUGAGUGUGAGAUGUCCUGAGUGUGGCGGCAUGAUUUAAACAAAGUUAAAUUACGUUCCUGGGUGUCUUUCAUUUAGUAUAUGUUUAACGAUGUGUGCUUUUGGAUUAUUUUGUGGUUGUUGUUUAAUUCCUUUCUGUAUGAAUUGUUGUAAACGAUAAGUCCACCAAUGUCCAUUAUGUGAAAAAGUGCUGGGAGAAGUUAAAUGA